AUGACUGAGCCCGUCUCGGUCCCCGCCCGCCAGCUCUCCCCUGGCCACACCCUCCGCCGGGACGCAGCCGCCGCCGCUGCCCUCUGUCCACGAGGCUGCGGGCUUGGGACCCCCCGGCUCUGACAUGUCGCCCUCUGGUCGCCUGUGUCUCCUCACCAUCGUUGGCCUGAUUCUCCCCACCAGAGGACAUAUAUUGAAGGAGGCCACAUCCGUUUCUCCAGCAGACCCAGCCAGGGUGAAUGUUCAUGCCCUGACGCCAGCCCCAGAUGCAGUCUACCCAGAACCCCAGCCCACUGCUCAGACAACCCUGAAGACUGGUGGAACAACACAGGAGCAGAAGGAGGAGAUCCAGACCCCAAAAAUGGAGGAGACCCAGUCCCCGCAACCGACGGGAAUGGAUGUGCUUCUAGCAACAGAUCCGAAGACCGUCAAGAGUGGCCCAGAAGCCACGCCCUCUGCCAAACCCACUAAAGGCACCACGCUCUCCAAGAAGCAGGCUCCAGGCAAAGGCGUCAGGCCGGACCCUAUCCUCGGGCCGACUGGUUCCAGUGAGGAAAACCCCUUCUCCUACGACGAGCACACUCUCCGGAAGCGGGGGCUGCUGGUCGCAGCUGUGCUGUUCAUCACAGGCAUUGUCAUCCUCACGAGUGGCAAGUGUAGGCGGUUACCCCAAUUAUGCCGGAAUCGUAACAGGUGAGACCAUCGGAAGUAGGGGCCGGCAACCCAAUCGAUGGGCACCCCAAGACUGAGUCCCUACCAGCUCACUGUGCCCAGCCACCUCCCUCCCCUCGCGGAGCCUACAGAAUAGUCAGUAAAGCCCAGCCUGAGAGGGAAGACCCGGAUGGAGCCAGAGCCGGGGCUCACGGCCCAAGGCCCCUACCCUCCCCACCCUACCCACCCAGAGGGCCGCCUGGCUCCCUGGGCACUGCCCCCCCAAGCCACCCAUUCUGUUCAGACGAAAAGUAAACACUGUGGUCCUUG